AUGGAAGGCAUCUACGUGAAAGGGCACCGUCGAGGUCUUCCACUACUUUUCGAAGCCCAUGGUGGACUGCAAGAGAUCAUGACCUGCUACGACACCGGAACGCAUGAUAACCACAUAUCUCGUGCCAAGGCAAUCGAACUGGGAUAUAACAUCGAGCCGAUUCCCGACACUGAAGCAGGCUUCCAGCUCCCGAAUGGCAAGAACAUCAAGGCCAUGGGUCAAAUCGUGGUAGCGGUUCAGUUCGCUAAACGGGUAGAAUCGGAAGCAUCAUACAUACCCUGUCGUUUCAACGUGUUCGAACGCUUGGCCCUACCGGUGCUCAUCGGCAUGGCCUUCCUCCGAGCCACAGAGACCAUCACCAAGUACACCUCACGCAUGGUAGACCUACCCGGAACUUGGAAGCGCUCGCUCCGUUUGUAUUCGUUGGGAAAUGCGACAAACCAGGUUUCGUGUAUCAUUGAGGGGCGAAGAAUCUUAGCCGCUGCGGACACUGGAUCUGAAAUCGCCUUGAUCAAUGGCACAUAUGCUAGAAAACGCGGUUUUAUCAUCAGAGAAGGCUGCGAAGAGCUUGAGCUUGCUGAUGGCUCACUUGAAUACACCAGCGGGUUCGCAUACGCCAGGAUUAGUGUGCUGGAUCACAGUCACUGGGAGAAGAGGUCGACGUCGAUAUCUGCGUCGAAAUGGAAAGCGAAGCCAGGAUUGAGACCUGACUGGUUUCGCUUCCAUGUUCUGGAGUGCCUCCAGCUCGACGUGCUCCUGGAUGAAAGAACAAGCGAUGUCUUGGAUGUCUUUAAGAAUGGCUUCAUCGAGUUCAUGUCGGAUGCGCCUGACGUUGUACCCAGCAUAUCUCCAAUUAUCCACCUAGGCUCCGUGGAAGCUUCUCUUGCACGGGCGAGCGACAAAGUAAGCAAAAAGACCAAAGAAUUGAGCAGCUCGAUCCGGUCACAGUGUACCUCAGCAUUCUCAAAGCCAGCAUCUUCGUCUAGCGCUGCAAGUACAGUGAGUCCAACGGGACCAAACGAUGCUACGUCGCAAGCUCGUGCCAAGCUGAUACCUACUCUCAUCAGCCAGCUAGAUCAAGCAGAAAACCGCCGGCUUGAUCAGAUGGAGAAAAGAGGCGCAUCUGCUACGGAUGACGCACAAAAGCAGCGAUAUGAGCUUGAUCGGAAAAAGCUUUUGGACGAGCUGCGGGGAUUGAAUGGCACACAAGUGCCUUGA